UUGUGGAAAGACCAAGGCUACGAUUGGUCCCUUCGCGAUAAGGUUUUAAUUUUGAAUUUUCCUUUAUGGCAAGGGAGAGGCCUCUGACGUGACUCCAUCGUAUCCCCGGACUCUUAAGACUAGUAAGUGCAGGGUUAUCUUCCUACGUUACCUGGGCUCGCUUCUCCUGCAGCUAGGUCUGUUGCUGCUGGCGUUCGUAACGGUUUGCAAAGGGAAAAUACCUUGCACAACAAUGAAGAUUCACUGAAAAAGUGUAUGUGAAGUGCCUAAAAGUACAUGGGCAUCCAAUAAAAAGAAACCAUGCCCAAAUUCAAGCAGCGAAGAAGAAAGCUAAAAGCCAAAGCGAAAAGAUUAUUCAAAAGAAAAGAAGCCUCUCACUUUCGGUCUAACCUAGUUACACCUCCUCCUCCACCACCCUCACCAGAAAGAGCGGUUAUUCCUUCAACAGAUAUACCCAUUAGCAGAAGCUGGCUAAGACUCUCCUGGAACUUCAGAUUUCCCAGUUUUAAAAAUGCAAUAAAGCUUUGGACAAAUAGAAUAUGGUCUAUAUAUAGCUGGUGCCAGAGCUGCAUGAUCCAGAGUUUAGAAGUAUUAAAAAACACCGUCUUUCCAUCCCGUCUCUGCCACCAAGAACUUCGUAGUCUAAAACAACGGUUUUGCAUUUUGGAAGAUGAAGUAUGCAAGCUCCAGGAAGCACUGAAGGCCAUCUCAGAAAAUUCCUCCCGUCCCAGCUAUGGGCAAGCGUGUCACAUGGGUGGUAAGCUUCCAGACGUUCCCGCCUGUGCUCCAGCCAGCCCUGCAGACUCCGCAGCUCUUCGUCCUCCCUCCCCAGCUCAGCCCGCAAGUCUUCCUCCUCCCCUUCCUCCCCCUCCUCCCCCGCCUCCCCCUCUGCCUCCGCCCCCACCACCGACAGCGCCAUUGCUGCUCAGAAAAUCUGCUGUCACGAAAGCACUUCAGGCUGGACCAUUAAAAAAAAAUGGACCCAUGCAGAUAACAGUUAAAGAUCUACUGACUGUGAAAUUAAAGAAGACACAGAGUUUGGAUGAAAGGAGGAUGCUUGUACCAUCACCAAAGGUACAGAACCCACUGGUUACUGUCUCUGACCUGCAGCGCGUUACCCUGAAACCAAAGUCCAAAGUGUUGUCAACUCGAGUCACAAAUGUCUUAAUUACUCCUGGUAAAAGUCAGUUAGAUCUACGGAAACUACUUAGAAAAGUCGAUGUGGAAAGGAGCCCAGGUGGAACCCCACUUACUAAUAAAGAAAAUCUGGAAACAGGAACUGGGCUGACCCCAGUAAUGACCAGGGCCUUGAAGAGAAAAUUUCAGCUGGCUCACCCUAGAAGCCCAACUCAAACUCUGCCAGUUUCUACAAGCAACUUUGAUGAACAAAACUGAUGCCACCUCUGCCUGACCCCCAGCAACGAUCCAUAAAAUGUACAUAUAAAAUGACCCCAAUCCUUUUUAAGUGUAGUAUGUAUAAAUGAUUAUAUUAAUAUAUAAUUCAUUUGAAGAAUUAAAAUAUGUAUGGAGCCCAUGCAUACUGUAAUGUAAAGUGGGUAUUCGAGUACUUUCUAGUUUAUAUGAUUGCUCAUAGGACAGAUGGGAAAAUGCAAUCCCCAGAGUGAUGUUUAUCCUGGAAUUACUCAGUUUAGGUUAGAAAGGUUAUUCAAAUUUAACUAGAUAACUCUAAUUUGUACUCUAUAUGUACAGUUAUGGUAUUAAUAAAAUAACCUGGUACCCAUUCAUCUUGGGUAUUCUCAGGCAAUUGGAAAGCAAAGUAUUUCACCCUAUAAAGCUCAUGCAUUCAUUAAGUGCUACUUAACCCAGAAAGACCCUCUAGAUUUUAUUUCUGUUCCCUAUAAGCAAUUAAGUAAGAUCAUCUCCCAUCCAAACCUAACUAUUUCAAAAGGAUUCGAAGCAAAAGGUCCAACAUGACCUUAAAAAUUAGAAUUUCAUUUCUAGUAACUUAGGUAGGUAGCUAUAUCUGCCUUAUUGAAGUCCGGGAUAUUCCUUACUUUGCUAUCUGCUAUCCACAUUCCUACAGCUAAAUAUAGACUUCAUGAAGACCUCUACAUGAACCUUGGGUUUUCUAUAGUGCCCCACCAGGGAUUCUCUGAGGUCCAUAGCAGAUUCACUGUGAGACCUGAUUCUCUGUCCUCAACCACCUAUCAAUUCAAUAACAGUCAUUCUGUACAGUCACAGGAUUUUACUUUUUCCUGACAAUUCAGUGUUGCCAGACUUAGCAAAUAUAAAUACAUGCCUGCUAAAUUACUUCAGUUAUGUCCAGCCUUUUGCAACCCAGUGGACAUAGCCCGCCAGAGUCCUCUGUCCAUGGAAUGCUCCAGGCAAAAGUACUCGAGUAAGUUGCCAUGCCCUCCUCCAGGCGAUCUUCCCAACCCAGGGAUCCAACCUGCAUCUCCUGUCUUCUGCAUUGGCAGGCAGGUUCUUUACCACUCGCGCCACCUUGGAAGCCCAUAAAUACAUGACACCCCCAUCAAAUUUGAAUUUCAGAUAAACAACAAAUAACUUAAGUAUAUAUGUGAAAGUGAAAAGUUGCUCAGUCAUGUCCAACUCUUUGCGACCCCAUGGACUGUAGCCCACCAGGCUCCUCCAUCCAUGGAAUUUUCUAGGCAAGAGUACUGGAGUGGGUUGCCAUUUCCUCCUCCAGAGGAUCUUCCCAACCCAGGGAUCGAACCUGGGUCUCCCGCAUUGCGGGCAGACGCUUUACCAUCUGAGUCACUGGGGAAUCAUUAAGUAUAUAUAGGGCCCACUAAACAAUGAGUAAUAUUUUAAGUAUAACUAUGUCCUAAAUAUUGCCAUGGGCUUCCCUUGUAAAACUCAGUCAGUAAAGAAUCUGCCUGUAAUGCAGGAGACCCCGGUUUGAUCCCUGAGUCGGGAAGACCCCCUGGAGAACAAAAUGGCAACCUACUCCAGUAUUCUUGCCUGGAGAAUCCCAUGGACAGAGGAGGCUGGCAGGCUACAGUCCAUGGGGUUGUGAGAGUCAGACACGACUUAGCAACUAAACCACCACCACCAAAUAUUGCCUAGGAAAUAUAUUUAUACUUAAAAAAAUACAUCACUGUUUUUCUGAAUUUCAAAUUUAGCUGAACAUCCUAUGUUUUAUUUGGCAACCCUACCAGGCAGUCUCCUACAAGGUUGCCAAUAUCUGGGAGCCCCUGGUUUUGUCAGAUAUGUCUGCGUAGCAGUAGAUACUACUGUAGCUUCAGCCAGGAUCCCUGCCACUAAUGUGCUAAAUAUCACGAAAGAAGAGGAACUCUCCUUAGGGUGAGUGAGACUCUGAAGGCACAAUGUUAGCUCUGAUGCUGGUAACUUCCACUGCAGUUCCGAGAAUAAGGAUAGUGGCUCCUCAUGGAGGGGAAUCAAGGGGUGUCACUGAACUUUCUAACCCGGCAGGAAGCAGGUACAUAGAUGAUGUCCCUGAAAUAUUCCCUGAUUAUGCUAAAAAUAUAUUUUAGUAAUUUCCCAGAAAUGCCUAUAUUCCCUCUGAUAAAUGUAACUUUGAGAUGCCAAAGAGAGGAUCGUGAGAAGUCACCAGGCUGGAAAGCAGAUAUGGGAACAAACAGUGUUUUGUUUUGAUGAGACCCACAUUUAUAUUUACAUUUAUGGAUGAAAAUUAAACAGAUACUAAAGUUAAGAAAUACAUCUGUUUCUAAUAAAAACUUUUUAAACCUGUUACUAUGUUUAUAUUAAGUAAAAUAAAGGGAAUGAUCACUGAGAAGAAAGCAGGUGAGUAUUUGUAACAAUAUUUUAUGGGACAUCUAAUAACGUUUAUAAUAUUCAUAAACCAAUGUGUACUGUAUCAGUUUAAAUGAUUUUAUCAUUCUUGUGAGAUAAAGGUUCAUUUUUCUGAAAAUGCUAUAGAAAUCCUAUGGUUAAAUAUUUGUAAAGCUGCUGCUACUACCGUAUCAGUAUUAAAAUGUGUUCUAUCUUGUAUCUUUUACUAAUUUUUAUGACAGGUUUUAUAUUGUACCCACUUGAGAAUCCAAUGACUGCUAAGGCUUCAUAAAAUUGUUGCUGAUCAUAUGUCUCCACUGUUUAUUUUGAGACUGAAUGUCAACCAGAGAAUAUAAACAAUCACAAUGCAUCCAGUUAUGUUUUUGAAUAAAGAAAAAUACAAAACUUU